AUGUCAGAAGAAAAUUAUCGAGAGAGUUCAGACCCUGGCGCCGAGGAGAUCGCGGAGUGGCAACUUGUCAAUACCGAGUUACAUGACUCCCAGACCAGUAUUGAAGCAAAACCAGCUACAAGAGGUGUGGCUAAAAGCGAUAAGGUCGACACAAGCGAGGGUCCAAUGAUUACGGAAUUCAAAUCUUUAGAGGGUGUCAAUGGUUUUACCAGUGACAACACUCCAGAAAACGGAGCAAAGGUGGAGCCAUCAAUGGAGCUGGAUUUCCCGGAAGGGGACAAACCACCUUGUUACUCAGCAUUUUCAGAACGGCAGACAUUUAUCAUAUUUGUCGUCAUUGUGUACAUUGGGUUUCUGGGACCACUAUCCGGGAACAUCUACAUCCCAGCGUUACCAAUUUUGCAAAACGUUUUCAAUCUCUCUGCUACUGCCAUUAAUGCUACAGUUUCCGUUUUUAUGGCUGUCUUUGCAGUGGGUCCCUUAAUUUGGGCGAGUUUCGCAGACUUCGGAGGACGCAAAAUUCUUUACAUGAUUUCGUUACUGCUGACGGUGACCGUUAACGUUCUACUGGCAGCCGUUCCUGCUAAUACGGGUGCCCUCUUUUUUUUACGUAUCAUGCAAGCAUUUGCUUCGAGUUCGGUAAUGGCUUUGGGAGCUGGAACCGUUAGCGACAUUAGAUCGCCAAAGGAGCGGGGUAAGGGAAUUGCAUAUUUCAUGCUGGGUCCAAACAUGGGCCCAAUAUUAGCGCCUAUAAUUUCUGGGUUGAUACUAAUGCACGGAUCGUAUUGGAGAUGGCUGUUUGGGUUCACUUCAAUCAUGUCAGGAGUAGGUUUAUUGAUGGUGAUGGUGUUUCUUCCAGAGACCCUUCGUUGUAUUGUUGGAAACGGAGACCCCAAAUGGAUCGAUCCUGAACUGAAGAGCGGUAAAUAUGAGAGGAAACGUGUGGUAAAAGGUAAUGUUUUGAUAUGCAGUGACAUUGGGAUUUUAAAACCCGUAUCGGAGUCUCCAGAGUUCCAAAAAUUGUAUCCAAGACCUCCGAAACCAAGCUUGACGGUCUAUUGGAGUUUGAUAACGUUUCCUCCAGUUUUAGUGUGCUCAUUAACAACUGCCAUUUUAUUCGCUGCAUACUAUGCUUUUAGUGUGACGUUCUCGCAUUUUCUGCGCGAGAGGUACCAUUUAUCAAAUUUACAGAUAGGAGCAUGUUAUGUGUGUCCUGGAAUAGCUCUGUUACUUGGAUCGUUGACAGGUGGCCACCUUUCUGAUUAUUUCAGGCUUGUGUGGGUCAAACGGCACCCAAACGAAACAUUUCCUGGCGAGAAGCGGCUCAUCUUGCAAUUAUGGGGGUUGCUUCUCAACAUUUGUGGAUGCGUCGGAUACGGAUGGAGCAUUGAGUUCCAUCAUCACUUGGCAAUCGUGCUGGUGUUCUCUUUUUUCACUGCGUUUGGCAUGACGUGGUGUUCAAACACAAGCAUGACAUAUCUGACCGAAUGCAUUCCUAAGAGGGCUGCAGGAACCGUGGCCUUGGGCAGUUUCUUCAGAAACCUCGCGGCUGGUAUCAGUUCAGUUAUAAUUAUUAAACUAUGCGACGAAUUGGGAGUGGGCUGGUGUUUCACCGGUCUUGCGUUUUGCGACAUUGCUUCGAUGGCAGGUAUUGUGUACCUGAUCACCAACGGUUCGAGAUGGAAAAAUGGGAGGUGA